UUCCCGUCAGCGCUAACUGCUCUAGUGCAAGAACACUACAUAUCCCAGGGAGCCACGGGUCUCUGAGUGCCGUAUCCAGGAAGUCGCCUGUGGUUGUCAAGCAAACUUUUGCUUGUCAAAUUGCUCUCAGUCUGAAAAAUGUUUGCACUAUCUUUUUAGACUGCAGUUUCCUACAACAGGUAGUUGUGAAGGAUGAGUUGCUAUCAUGGGUCUGUGCCCCAGGAGGUCCGACCUGGUACAGCACGGGUCCUGGUGACUGAGCUGAGUGGAUCAGGCCACAUCAACCCAACUCCUGCCAUGAAACCCUGUGAGGACUCUGAAACAGAAGUGGAGCUUCACCUUUCUCCAGAGAAGCUGAAAUCAAUGUGUGGAACUCCGGACCUCUCUCAGGUGACCUCACUGGAGGUCUGCGUAGACACACAAGAAAUCACACUGGGUAACUUUGGUGCCUACUUGCCCAAGCUGGUGCAGCUCAGAAUGAACAACAGCAUGAUCAUGUCAGUAAGAGACCUGGGAACCACCCUCUCCCACCUGCAGGUGCUGUGGAUGUCUCGCUGCUGCCUACAAGACCUAGAUGGGAUUUCUACUCUCUCCUCUCUCAAGGAGUUGUACUUGGCCUAUAACGGUGUGUCAGACCUGAGCCAGGUUGGCAUGCUGGAGAACCUGCAGCUGUUAGAUCUGGAGGGAAAUGAUGUUGACGACCUGGUCCAGGUUCAGUAUCUGGGGUUGUGUAACAAACUCCAGACCCUCACCUUGGGGGGAAACCCUGUGUGUAUGCGCCCAAACCCCACUGCAACCCAGAUGACUGACUAUAGUUAUCGGGCUGCAGUGAGGGAGUUGGUCCCUCAGCUGCGUUACCUAGACGAUGUAAGGGUGGAGGAUGAUGGGCUGGUCUGCAGCACCAACAUGGGAGAAGACUGGGCCAUUCUGCGAAACUCCAUCCGAGACUGCAACUCCUCUCAGGCUGCUACUGAAGAAGGGGAGACAGCAGACAGUGCAUGUCCUUAUAGCAGACCCAGUUCUGCCAGGCGCCCUGCUUCUAGCAUCUGGCCCCUCUCAUCAUGGGGCUCCAGACCCCUCACUGGAUCAAGACCUAUGUCAGCGACCAGGCCUGGAGUUCUCUCCCCCUCUGGAUCCAGACCUGGCUCUGCAGAGUCAGACUUAGCAGCAGUGGAAGCAGACACCAGCAUCCUGACGCAUGGAGCUGGCAAGAUCCUGUUCUGUGGAAAUCCUGUCAAGGGUAUUCGAGCAAGGCGUGAAAAGUUGAGGACAGCACCCACAAGGUCUACUUUCACCCCCUGUGACCUGCCCAUCCAUGUGCCAGAACACACAUAUGACCUUGAGGAGCCUAAUGUGAAAGAGCGCAGUGAUUUGUUUGCUGAGCUUAGAGCUUGGAGGGAGCAGCACAGCAGGCGCCUCCAGGAAAUAAAGAGAGAAAGAUUACCACAAGUACUGGCUAUUCAGCAUAGUGAUGAGGAAGAGGAAGAGAAUGAGGAAGAUGAUUAUGAAGAGGAAGGUUUUGGUGGUAUGAGGAAUGACAGUAGUGAUGAAGAAAACAGUGAGGAGAAGCGCAAUGACAAGCUAGAUACUGCCUCACCAGAUUCAUCCUUCCGGUCUUUUUCACCAGACCUGCUUAACAGAGAAGCCUCAUCCCCUGAUGUGUCUCGACUGUCCCUGUCUCCAGACACCACGCUGUCCCCUUCUCCCCCUCUCAGUGCCACAGCAGCUUCUAGUCAUCGGAAGCUACCUGGAAUCCGUGCACGUAGACUUCGACUCAGCCAGGCCUGUUCAGAACGCUUGCCUCACUCUAGCAGUGUAGGGCGCCCCCCUGGGACCUAUACGAGUACAGCAGACACAGACCUGAACUUCAAGAGCAUCCAGCAGGUGACCAGGACCAAAGUGCCUCUACUACCAUUGCCUGCACACAUACCUCGCCCACCUACAACCAUGGAGGGUGGAGGGCACAUGGAUUCAUGUGUGGAGAUGGACGUACUCAGUGUAAAGAACGGCAACAAGCAUCAGAUGUCCAAACUCCUGGACAGACCAGUGAUUACUCGCCCUCACACGGCCAGGGCAGCUCUACAGAAACAUUACCAGCACCCCAUAUUUCAACCCUGCAGAGAGAGUUCACACCUAGACUGACACCAGAACGAGCUCAUGUUGGGCUAGCUGACCAGUGAUCAGUAGUGUGACUAUAUUAUACCCUUAGAAAAAGAGUGGUAGCAUGGAAGCCAUUGAGGGGAUCAUUCCCACACCACACUGAGGUCUGUUGAGAUUACUUUUGGUUUACCAAACUGUUCUCUUUCUUAAAAAGAAGAUCCAGAUGAUACUGAAGUCUUUCUCAGUAUUGUUGAGGCUUGGAUUCAUACGCAGAACUGCCAAAACAUACUAUGACAUGUGGACUCAUUGUGUCUUAACAUGAGUAACAGUGUAACUGAUGCAAAAUCACAUACUGACAUACACCUUUUAAUAUUAAUAAGUUGCUUGUUUUCUGUUGGAUGUUUUAGCUGGAUGGAAAUUAAAGGGAGGUGUAAUUAAUACCUCAUAUUUGUAUUCCUCAGGUUGAAAUAUUGAAUUAUUAUAACUCAAAUGCUACCUUGUGUUUACACAAUUAAAAAAGCUGAAUUUUUUAUGAAAGCUGGGCUGGAUAGUAAAUAGUAUGAAACAGUAAGGUUUACCCAAGGUUUCCUGCUGGUGACUGUCCUGAUAUUCAUUGUGUAAUAAUCUGACUUUGCCAUUAGAGGGCACUAUCUGUAAACAUUGACUCAAAAACUGAA